AUGAAGCCUGGCGCGACCGACCGGCAGCUGGGACUCCGGGUACAUGCGUCCCGACAUCGACCGGAAUUCGUCUCGAUCCUCAACGGCGUCAGAGGCCUCCAGAUCGGCGCGAAGACGUUAAGGGUGGAUUAUUCGGCUCAAAACUACACUAAUGCCUUCAUGCAGGAUUCGACAAAGAAGUGCUCGGGUACCAACAAGUGCGUCCACAUGCACAUCGACUCGAAGACUCCGGAAGCGACCGUCGAGCAGUUGGAGGUGCGCACCUGCGCCACCGGGAUCUGGCUGGAGAAGUGGGCGCCCGGCUAUGGAUCAAUUCCGCUACCGAAAGCUGAUGCGACAAUGUCGGGCCAUUCUUGCGAAGGCGAUCUGUGCAACAAGAUCCCGAUGACCGAAAUGAAGCAGCGCGCUGAAGAAGCGGCCAAAAAGCAAUCGUCGACGGCCUCGUACCUCGUGCUCCCCGUCGUCACCUUCUUCGCCUCCAAUAUCCUUACCUUCUUC